AUGCAUAUCGAGAUUGAGCAAAAAGGUCCAAAUAAUCUUGCAGAUUAUAUUUAUGAUCUUCUUGAAUUACACGAAACAUUAGAAAAUGAUAAAGAAAAUAAUCAAUUAGGCUUUGAUUUUUCAUGUGCUAUUGAUAUUUCUUCAUACAAUAAAUCUUCAAAGGAGAUUGCUAAUAAUUUAAUAAAUAUUAUUAGCGAUGUUGAUGAAUACUCUUGGAUAUAUAAUAAUAAAUAUGAUGGCCAACAUACUACAAGUAUUUGGUAUUUUUGUUCUCAAAGAAUAAAUAUGGCAAAGCAACCUCGUAAACAUAUCAAUUCAGAAAAACGAAGAGAAUCUACAACAAUAGAAUGA